AUGGAGGUGGACGAGGAAGCGCAACAGGUCGCAGCGUCCACUUCCACAUCGAGUGCGGCUGUACCCAGGCGGAACAAGCAAAGAGUGCUGUUGCUCCCAUCCAGAGGCGUCACCAUGAGGAUGAGACACUUGGUCAACGAUCUCGAAGCUCUGUUACCACACUCAAAAAAGGGUGAGCAUGCGCUGCGGCAGGGGGCUGGCUCGCAUGAGCGUACUGUGUCGUCUGCCAUUCUCUCCCCAAAGCCCAGUAGAGCCAUUGCGCUUAGGUGCAGUGCUCACCAUGCCUCACUUGUACGCAUACAGACUCUAAAUUGGAUUCCAAGUCCGACUUGCACGUCCUCAACGAGCUUGCCGAGCUGAACAACUGCAAUGUGAGUGCCUCGACCUCCGACCAUGACGCAUGCAGCUUUUCAAGUGUCUGACCGGCCUCGACUCGUUCGGUGCGACAGAAUACCCUCUACUUUGAAGCACGGAAACACCAAGAUCUGUACUUGUGGACUUCGAAGACGCCCAACGGCCCCAGCGCCAAGCUGCUUAUUCAAAAUGUGCACACGAUGGACGAACUGAAGAUGACUGGAAAUUGCUUGAAGGGAAGCCGGCACGUUUUGAGUUUUGACAAGACGUUCGAUGAGGUUCCACAUUGGGGUUUGAUGAAGGAGCUUUUGGCCCAGGUGAGCUCCUCAGCUAGGCCUGCUCUACCAAAGAGGUUGCUGCGACCUCGAUCUGACGAGGCUCCUUUCUCCUUUCUCUCCCACGCAGGCAUUCGCGGUGCCAAAAGGUGCGAGAAGAUCAAAACCUUUCAUCGACCACGUCAUUUCCUUUUCUGUCCUCGAUGGGCGGAUAUGGUUCAGGAACUACCAGAUCGUAUCAGCAGCUGCCGAUCCUGGCGCCUCAGCACUCGUAGCGGCAGAAGCAGCCUCGCAAGGGACGACUGCCAAAGUGCGUCACUCAAAGAAGAGCGAUGCGGACGAGAAGCCACCGACGCUGGUAGAGAUUGGCCCGCGCUUCGUGAUGACGCCCAUUCGAAUCUUUGAGGGUAGUUUUGGAGGAGCGACGCUGUACGAGAAUCCGGAGUACUUGUCCCCGAAUACGGUCAGACAUGAGGAGAGACGCAAAAAGGGAGAGCACUACAAGGAGAGAACGACGGCGAAGGCUAAUGUGCUCGCCAAGAGGCAGAAACUUCGGGAUGAUAGGAAAGCUGAUCCUCUGGCCAGGGGCAAAGUCUUUGGCUAA